CUUCGCCCGCCUCCCGCCGCGCGCCCGUCGUCCGGUCCCUCCGCGGCCGCGAAGCCCAGACGGCGGGAGCUCGCGCUCGCCAUGUCGGUCGCGCUCAGCAACAGGUUCCAAGGAGGGAAGGCAUUCGGCUUGCUCAAAGCCCAGCAGGAGCGGAGGCUGGCGGAGAUCAACCGGGAGUUCCUCUGCGACCAGAAGUACGGCGAUGAGGAGAACCUGCCUGAGAAGCUUACGGCCUUCAAAGAGAAGUACAUGGAGUUCGACCUGAACAACGAGGGUGAGAUUGACCUGAUGUCUCUGAAGAGGAUGAUGGAGAAGCUGGGGGUCCCCAAGACCCACCUGGAGAUGAAGAAGAUGAUCUCUGAGGUGACAGGCGGGGGCAGUGACACCAUCUCCUACAGAGACUUCGUCAACAUGAUGCUGGGGAAGCGGUCGGCAGUCCUUAAGCUAGUCAUGAUGUUUGAAGGCAAAGCCAGUGACAGUGGCCCCAAGCCGGCCGGGCCCCCUCCAGAGAGAGACAUUGCAAGCCUGCCCUGAGGACCCUACUGCCCGCCUCCACCCCUCUGUGCCCCCUCACCUCGCUGCCCUUCUUUCCUGACUCCUUGGGAUUUGUCGUACUCCUUUGGCCACCGUGGGUCUGCGUGUUUUCUUCUUAAUCUCUUUGUAAAGCACAAAUGAUCUGCCUUAAAGGGCUCUGGGUUGGGGACUCCUGAGCCCUGGGUUCCCCCUAUUCCUGUCUUUCUGCCUUGCCCAGCCCUGUGGAGCAGGGCUGAUACCAAACCAAAAAUGAGAGGGCAGGGGUGCCAGAAGCACGCAGCCCUUGCUGAGAGGCCCCACCUCCCCCUUCUGGAAUGCGUGUGAGCCCAGGGCCCUGUCCCAAGAGCCUGGAGGAGGGACAAGGCUGCGGGGCCUCUUCCGGGUUCCCCUGUAUAGCUCCAUGCUUGUGGCCUGGAUGUGGCCGCUCGGUGCCCCCACCCCAACGUUACCCCCUGGCCCUCUGCUCAUCCCCUCCCUGAGCGCAUGGCACAGGUGGAAGAAAGAGAGCUGGGUGACCUGAGACCUUCAAGAAGGAACCAGGGGCUGGAGAUUCAGCUCAGUGGUUCCACUACCUGCCUCGAAAGCACAAGGACCUGAGUUUGAUCUCUGGUACCAAAAAAAAAAAAAAAAGGAACCGGAAGGAGCCCUCUGGCCUUGCUCCCCCGCCACACCUUUAUAGGCAGUGCAGAGGGACAGUACAGCCCACUGUUGCCUGGUAGAGAAGCAAAGGGCUUCAGAGGCAGAGAUGAAGCCAGGGAGCUAAGGGAGGGUUGGCCAGGAAGUCCCACCUUGCACGGAGGACACAGAGGGCACAAGCAUGGGAGACAGGAAAAUGCUUGUGUAAAAGCCAGCACCCCUGGUACACCAGGAGCGAGGAGCAGGUUGUCUUUCUGAUCACAGUCGCUUGCAGCCUGACUGGUUCCUCCAUUUCCCUUCCUACCCUCCUUGCACUGUUCAUUCAUUCAUGCAUUCAUUCAGCAUAUUUAUUGAGCACCUACUAUAAGCUUGAAGUCGUCCCACCUUGCCCUGACCUUGGCUGUGUCCACUGUCUCUCUAACUCACCUCUCCCUUUCCAAGUUGCUCAAAACCUUGAGCCUUGGGAUUGGACUGGGCCACCUGUGUCCUUUUUUUAGGAACUCACAGGAUUGCAGAGCCCUCAUUGCCCUGUAGGUGAGCCGGGCCCAGAGGGUAACUGCCUUGCCCAAGGUCAGGGCUUAAUCUGGAGAUGGAAGACCCUUCCUAUGCUUCCCUCUGCUCUGGGUGCCUCGGUCAGUGUUGCAAGCAGGGAAGGGGGCUGAGGGCCGGCCUCCCGGGCCAAUACUCAGAAGGCUUCUCUCACCCUAAAGGCUGUGGGCUUCCAGGUCAGCAUCGGGGCUGCUCUGUGGUUCCCCAUUCCUAUAGCUCCUAGCCCUGCCUCAGGGAACCCCUUCUCAGAACCCACGAAGGAAAGUGUGGGUCCCGACUCCACCUGUGUUCUGGGUCCUUUACCUGGGCCCUCAGGACACGGAUGCAAUCAUUCAUUGAAUGGAUUUAUUAAGCUCUGCUAGAGGCCAAGAGCUCAGAACCCAGCAGUGACACAGCUCAUGGAAUUGACUGUCCAGUGGGGGAACAAAGACCCAAUGACAGAGACGAAUGUUAGGAAGUGAGGGGCCUGAGGGUGACUGCCUUGGACAGGGACAAGAGUCCUGGAGAAACCUUUGCAAAACCCUACGGAUAGGGCAACCCACUGGGACCCCUCCUGUCUCAGGAGCUAUUCCUAAUCCCCAAUAAAAUUUCCUACUCUUAAAAAAAAAAAAAAGUUACAGCCUGGGGGCUGUUAGAGCCAUUUCGGGUUUCUUGUGGCUCCUUUAGACCCAUAUCAAGGGCCCAGCGCGUUGCCCCAGGAGCAGCUUACGGGAGGAGUAAAGCAGGAGGGCUUAGAGACAUGUCCAAGUCACAUUAAUCCUCUGGUCUCAGCCAGUUCAGGUGCAUGAUCAUUUAUCUUCAGUCUGAUGAGCUGCACAGGCCUAGUUGAAGUUUAAACCCCAGAAAAACAUUCCUCCCUGUAAAUAUAAAAUCCUACCUACCCCCUCCACUCUACCUUUGUGGAGUUUUUGGUUUUGGUUUUUUCUGAGAUUAGCAACUACCUGUCCCUACCCCUUGCCCCACCCUGCUUUUUCCUGGAGGAAGAUAAAGCUUUUUUUUGAUUCCCCAUCCCAUUCAGUGUGGCUGUUCCUCACUCAGAGAGGAAGGCAGAACCAACCAGCCUUAUUUCAGCAGGUUCAGCAGUUUGAGACUACAGGAAGGAGAGCAAGGGAGCCUCAUCAGUCUCUUCACUGGUCCCCGGGGUUCAGCCCUGGGAGACAGGGUCAGCUGUGUGGACCCUGGACAAGGGGAUCUGCCUGUAUUUCAGGUCCUAGCUGCUGGCUCCAGGUCUCAUUUCUCUAGCUAAGGGCUCAGCUUCUUGGAAUUUCAACUAUCUUCUUUCUGAAAGAGACCAAAUCUAACCUAACGAGCAAUGUGGGGACUGCUAAGUAUGGCUUUGUCCCGUAAAAGGAAAGUUUGUCUGGCAAAUUCAGGUACUGAAGUUGCGUGUGCACGUGUCAGUGGGACUGUGUGGGGGUGUGGUUUCAUCUCUGCAGAUUGGAAUAAACCAGACAAACUUGA